UAUAAUAUGUGAUAUUUUGCGAAAAAUAAUGGAUAAAACAUUUUUAAAAGAGUGGUUGAGUGAGGUUCCCCCUUUUACUACAUUUAGAAUAAAUUCGCUGCAAUCAUUUGAUAGUAAAAAUUUAGAAGAAUAUUUCCAUCUCCAAAAACAAGUCCUGAAUGUGUCUGAAAUUCCUAAGUAUUAUUUCUUAAAAAAUGACUGUUUGGUUGUUGGGAGAUGGCCUAAUGGUGUCGAAUUUGGAAACAUUAAUAAGGAGGUGAUUGUGGAUGCAGCAUGUGGUGCAUCAGUAUUGAGAGGCGCCCAUGUUUUUGCGCCUGGUGUCUUAGGACUGCCUACCAAUUGCAAGCUGGAUGAAAUUAUUAAUGUCUACUGUGACAUGGAGGGACACUGUAAAAGAGGACUUAAAAUACCUUAUGAAGGCAAUAAACAAUAUGUGGGUGUAGGCAUCCUGAAAAAGUUGAGAUGUGAUCUCUUUGAUAACGGAAUUGCACCCAGUGGCAUAGCUGUUCACAUAUUGCUGCCAGCAUCAAGAUUGCCAGUUAUCAAUGAAAAAAUUUACCCAACUGGCCAAAUAUUGUUGCAGAAUUUACCUUCAAUAGUAACUGGUUGGGUUGUUGACCCAAAACCACAUGAACUUAUUCUUGAUAUGUGUGCAUCUCCAGGCAACAAAACAACACAUUUAGCAGAAAUGUCUGGUGAUAAAGCAGUCAUCAUAGCAAUAGACAAAACUGAACCAAAAGUAGCCAGAAUAGUAAAAAAUUGUGAAAUCCAAGGUGUGUCCUGUGUCAAGGCAUAUGCAUUUGAUUCCACAAAAUGUUUUGUGAGAGACUCUUUGAACAAAUUGGAACCACCAUUCCCUGCGAACAAUUUUGAUAAAAUACUCUUGGAUGCACCAUGCAGUGGCCUAGGACAGAGACCACAAUUAAACAACAAAAUGUCUGAAAAAAUGUUGCAAUCCUAUAAAUUUGUUCAAAGGAAGCUUAUGGCUGCAGCUGUUGAAAUACUAAAAGUUGGUGGUGAAUUAACAUACAGUACCUGCACAGUCACUAAAGAGGAGAAUGAAUGGAUGGUUGCUUGGGUAUUGGAGAAAUUCCCUUUCGUGAAGCUUGUACCAGCUGAGCCCUUGAAGGGUGGGCCAGGUUUGUCCAACUGUGGGCUCACUGAUGAACAGAGGAUAAUGGUUCAGAGGUUUGGCCCAAUUGAAGAUGAACUAAGACCGGUUGAAGAUAUUUAUAGAAACUCCAUUGGAUUCUUUAUAGCUAAGUUUAUUAGAACUGAUUUUAGGUAAGAACAAUAAAUAUAAUUUUUUUAUAUUUUA